AUGGAAAAUAAGACAGGAGGUGAACUGAACCAGACCCAACUUCAGGCCCGAGCAUUGGUAUCUCUAGAAUACCAAGUGGUCACCAUUCUCUUAGUUCUUAUCAUCUGUGGACUGGGCAUCAUAGGCAACAUCAUGGUGGUCCUAGUGGUGAUGAGAACCAAACAUAUGAGGACCCCAACUAACUGUUACCUGGUGAGCCUAGCGGUAGCUGACCUUAUGGUACUGGUGGCUGCAGGUCUCCCCAACAUCACUGACAGUCUCUAUGGUUCCUGGGUCUAUGGCUAUGUAGGAUGUCUCUGUAUUACCUAUCUCCAGUACUUGGGCAUUAAUGCUUCUUCUUGUUCCAUCACAGCAUUUACAAUUGAAAGGUACAUAGCCAUCUGCCACCCCAUCAAGGCCCAGUUCCUCUGUACCUUUUCAAGAGCUAAAAAGAUCAUUAUCUUUGUGUGGGCGUUCACCUCCAUUUAUUGUAUGCUUUGGUUUUUCUUGCUCGAUCUCAAUAUGGUCACUUACAAAGAUGCCACUGUAGUGUCCUGUGGCUACAAAGUAUCUAGGAAUUACUACUCACCCAUUUACCUGAUGGACUUUGGCAUAUUCUAUGUUGUACCAAUGAUUCUGGCCACUGUCCUCUAUGGACUCAUAGCCAGGAUACUAUUCUUGAAUCCCAUUCCUUCAGAUCCUAAAGAGACCUCUAAGGCAUGGAGGAGCGACCCAACUUAUCAGAAAAAGAAUUUGAAUACUAAGACAGCCAGCAGAUGUUUCAAUAGCACCAUUUCUUCACGGAAGCAGGUUACCAAGAUGCUGGCAGUGGUUGUGAUUCUAUUUGCCCUUUUAUGGAUGCCCUACAGGACCCUGGUUGUGGUCAACUCAUUCCUAUCCAGCCCUUUCCAAGAAAAUUGGUUCUUGCUGUUCUGCAGAAUCUGCAUUUACCUCAACAGCGCCAUCAACCCAGUGAUUUACAACCUCAUGUCUCAGAAAUUCCGGGCUGCCUUCAAGAAGCUCUGCAACUGCAAAAAGAAGCCUUUAGAGAAGCCAGUCAACUACAGCGUGGCCCUGAACUACAGUGUCAUCAAAGAGUCUGACCAUUUCAACACAGAGCUUGAAGAUAUCACGGUCACAGAUACUUAUCUGGCUACUACUAAAGUGUCCUUUGAUGAUACGUGCUUGACAUCUGAGGUAACAUUUAGCUGAACUCGAGUCACAGUAUGAAACAUGAUGGACCACAAAGUGGAGGAGACUAUUGGACCAUUAUGAAAGGAGAGGAAAAACUGCCUAAAUGAUUGGUCAUAUGUGAAGUGGACCAGGGAGAGGUUUUCCCUAGGUUCUUUAGUCUCCUUUGACUUGUUGCCCACUUGUCCAGGAGAGGAACUCAGAUCUUUAUCUUGGUAAAAUUAUCAUCCAGAAAAAUGAAGCUCAUCAGAGAAAUACUUAGGUUAGAGCCAAUCAGAGAAAUUUCCUCUUUUUAAUUAGUUGAACCAAUUCACCUUAUUUUUAAGAAUUCAGUAACUGAGUACAGCUUCUAUGAGCUCUGGCCAUCAUUUUACUCAACUUACAAAGACU